AUGGAAGCUAUUCCCGAGAUUACGUACCUAAUGGAACACAAUCCUGAACUUCAAGAAACUGGCGAGAUGGUAAUCCACACAACAUUCAACGGUUUGGUCGACAUGGACCCGACAGUAACCCAGUCGAGAUUCUCAUGUUCGUUACCUGCCACAGAAUUCAUCGAAGACGAGGCAUCUCCUAAAACAAAAGAACUCUACAACUUCUUGACAGAAGAACUGAGAGUCGAUGAAUUUGAUGCUAUCACGCUACUGCAAAAACUCAUUCAACUUGCAAUCAGUUUAACUUCCUCGGUUGAAUUUUGUGCACAUUACGCUUUGACAAUGUGGUUGACCCUUAACGUAGUUCCUUUAAAUCAAGGAUCAGACCUCGAUGACUCUCCAUUCGAAGAGGUGAUUCGAGCUUCAUUAGAUGAUUAUGAGAGGAAUAUCGGGUUUAAACCCGCAAGCAAGUUAGGAUUAGGGUCCUUGAGUACGAGAAUAUACAAGCGAAGACCAAAGACCAUCUUAGUUUCCGACAGGAAGACAAAACGAAAGAUCAUCUUAACUAAACGAAAGACCAGCUCAAUGUCUAACCAUUGCACAAUUUGUUUAGAGGAGUUUAAAGAGGGGCAAGAAGUCGGGACUUUACCUUGUGGUCACGAGUUUGACAAUAAGUGUAUUGAGAAGUGGCUUAAGGUUGGCCAUACUUGCCCAUUGUGUCGGUAUGAGUUACCAUGUGAAGAUGAUGAUGAAUAUUCUCAUGCAAACCAUGGUGUUCUAGCUAACUAA